AUUCUCCGACACGCUGAUGUUGCUAGAGGUGGGUGAAUUUGUGAACUUUUGACGCUGUAGCGUCCACGCGUGAAUUUCUAAACAAACCUACCUUAAGAAAAAACAAAUGUUUUGUGCAAGGACUCUUUGUGUGCUCUAAGGAUAUUGGUGAAACUUUUUGUUUCGUGAUGUUUGAAUGAGGUGGUUAUGUGCAUGAUCUGUUUUGUUGUUUUUUUUUGAGACUGUUUCUAACGGACCAUGGGGAUUUAAAAAGUGUAGUGUGCGUGUCGGUUUAUUAACGAAUUUGACGAACUUUUCGAACGAUUACGAUGGGUUGCCUACCUAAGUUGUUGACGAUUAUUUUAUUGCAAGUAACGUUCGUCGUUCCGGAGGAGGGAGUUCGAGACACGAGGGAGGGUCAGGACGUGACUUUGGAGUGUCGUUUUCCUCCCCAGACAUCAAGGGACACUUUAACCUAUUAUUGGGCCAAGAAGAACAAGCAGACGCACGACAACGUGGCCAUAGGCAAUGUGCCGCUGGAUACGAAUUACAAACUGAACUACCAGGUGAACAACGGCAUCUACGACCUGUUGAUCUCCAACGCCAGCUACGACAGGGACAACGGCAAGUUCGAGUGCAAGGUCAAAGCAGGCGGUUCGGGGGCCAAUCUCCACGUGCAGCGGUACUCCCUGACGGUGCUGACGGUACCCCAGGAGCCGGGGAUAGCUCCCAGCUCGUACGUCACUGUGACUGAAGGAAAGAAGCAGGAGUUGACGUGUUCCAGCGUGGGAGGGUCUCCUGAUCCCGAAGUCAAGUGGUACAGGCAAGGUUCGCAAUACCCUUUGGAGGCAGCCCUGAAAAAUGGCGGCUCGAGGGAGCAACCGACCACUGCUACCCUCACAAUCAACCCUACCAAGGACGACGAUGAGGCUAUCUUCAGGUGCGAGGUGUGGAAUAGGGCGCUACCAGACAACAAGAAGCUUGUGUCCACUGUCACUCUCAGCGUCAACUAUUUUCCCCGUGUCGAAGUAGGCCCAGAAAACCCCCUAAGAGUCGAACGCGAUUCCCAAGCCACCCUCCGCUGUUCCGUCGACGCCAAACCCAAAGUCACAACCAUCCGCUGGACCAGAAACAGCAGAUUCAUAAGCUCCGCCUACAACCACACCAUCCACCGUGUAAGCAUCCAGGACGCCGGCAAAUACACCUGCAUCGCAGACAACGGCCUAGGCAAAGUAGGCGAGAAAGAGAUCAACUUAGAUGUUCUGUACGCCCCUAUAGUCACCAUCGGGCCUAAAACCAAAGAAGCCGAGGAAGGCGAGUCAGUCUACAUCAAAUGCAACGUAACCGCAAACCCCAGCCCUGUCACAGUCGAAUGGGUAAAAGAUGGACGCCCAGAGUUCAAACAGACCGGAGACACUCUUCGUCUAAGCUCCGUCACUGCCGAUAACUCAGGCACCUACAUUUGUCGUGCUGUCAACGUCAUCAGUCCCAGCAACGCUCCAGUGCGACUAACGGAGAAAAUAGGCAACUCCUCGGUGGCUCUGCUUGUCCGCCACAAGCCAGGGCAAGCUAGGAUCAUGCCCGACAAGCCAAUAGCCACUGAGGGAUCGGCGGUGACCUUGACUUGCACGGCUACGCCACCAGGCUGGCCUGCCCCGCAGUAUCGCUGGCUGAAAAUCGGAUCCGACGGGCAAUCGACUAUCUUAGCUACCGGGACCAAAUAUACCAUAGCCAACGCGAAUCUGAGGACCGAGGGGGUUUAUAACUGCCAAGCGACUAACGAGCUGGGUCCGGGCGAUAUGGCUUCAGUGGAGCUAGAAGUCCACCAGCCGCCUAGCUUCAAGUACAAGCUGAAGCCCUUAGAAACCAGGCAAGUAGGGGACCCGAACUUCACAGUGGCCUGCAGCGCUAAGGGCAAACCCCGGCCUAUGGUCAGGUGGCUCAAGGACGGUGAGGAGCUGACUGCUGACGUCAACAUGUACGAGGUGAAAACUGAUUAUUCGGAGAGUAGUAAUGGAGCGGUGAGUGUCGAGAGCGUGCUGAAGUUUGCAGGGAAAGCCAGGCCGAGCGGAAACGAGUUGCUACCCUCGGAUAGGGGGGUGUACGCCUGUACUUUCGAGAACGAAGUUAAGAAGUCGGAGUCGACGAUGCAUCUGAAAAUUGAACAUGAACCAAUCGUUUUACACCACUUCAACAAAGUCGCAUACGAUAUCUCCGAAAGAGCGGAGGUGCUAUGCAGAGUCCAGGCGUACCCGAAACCAGAAUUCAAAUGGUUCUUCGGCACCAACAUCAACCCCCUACACUCCUCCACUGAGGGCCACUACGUAGUAAACACCUCCAACGAAGAAAACGACGUUUACACCAGCGUGCUCAAGAUCUCGAACGUGGGAAGACAAGACUACGGAGACUACACUUGUCAGAUUGUCAACAACUUGGGGACUAUCGAUACCAAGAUCAGGCUGCAGUCCAAAGGGCCUCCGGAGAACCCUUCUAAGCUGGUGGCUCUCCACAACGGACCUAGCUUCGUGACCUUGGGCUGGGAAGCGGGGUUCAACGGUGGCAUCUCGAAUACGAAGUACUUCGUGUCUUACAAGAAGAUCAUCAGUGAGAAUGAUAUUAUAGUAGAAGGGUGUGGAGCUCUGUCGAGGUCUAGCGAGUGGAAUGAGGUAGACUGUGAUCAGAAUGUGCCGUGUAAUGUGACGGGAUUGGAGCAACAUCAGAGCUACUUGUUCAAGGUGAAAGCCAUCAACACCAAGGGCACCAGCGACAAUUCGCAGGAAAUCAGGGCCCGAACCCGCGUCGACCGUAUCCCUCUGCCUCAGCGAGUCGCUUACGAUCGCACAUCGCACGCUAUUUCCAUCAACGUGCCUGCCACGUGUCUGCCUCUCGUCGCUAUAGUCGAGAUGGUGAGCAACGAGAACCACCCUGUAACGGCGUGGCAGGUGGUGGACACCCUCAGGCUACAGGUGUCUGGGCUGAUGCCGACCAGACAGGAAAAGGGCUUGGAACAGAUGGGCGGACGGGCUUUCAAGGGCAGGGCGUUGGUUGACGAGCCGAUAGGGGUGAACGACGAGGACAGCCCGAGGAUAAGGGUGAAGUUGUGCCUCCAGACGCACCCGGAUCAUUGCGGGGAGUUCGUCGAAGCCGAAUUGGACUUCACCCACAUUCGCGAGGCCUCUGCUCUAGCUACCCCUACCCUCAUCGCCAUUGUGGUCUCCUGCAUAGUUUUUCUGCUGUUCGUCGGCCUCCUCCUCGUCUUCUGCAAAUGCAAGAGGAACCAGUCCAAAAAAGCCCAAGCCAAGGACUAUGACAUGGACUCGGUCCGAUCGACGGUCGUGCCUCCCCAGCAGAGCCAGGCUCCCCCGCCCUACUACCCCUCCAAGGGCAUGGAGAACAAGGCGCUGGAGCACUCGCUGGAUUUGGCGUUGGCCAUGGAAGAGCAGAAGUCUGUGUACGCUACCCAGAAGGGGUACGGGUAUCAUGUGGCUAACAACGAUAUGCAAAGCAGACAGAAUAUCAAUAAUACUGAUUGGGCCAACAUCGGAUACCUCGAAAACAGUUACUCCAACUCCAACAACGGCGGCAGCGUCAACUCCCAGGACUCCCUCUGGCAAAUGAAGAUGCAAGCGGCCACCUCCAACUCCACCAACCAACUCCCGCCCCACCUCAACGACCGACCCAACUACGGGUACGACCCCAUAGCGCACGGCGGCUACGGGGCCGACCCCAUGACCCACGGGGGCUAUGGGGCCGCGGACGACUACGCCGCGUACCCGCACGUGACCACGCAAAGCAACCACGGGGACGAGUAUAUGCGGGGUAGCAACAAUCCGUCCAGGCAGGAUUACUGCAGCGAUCCGUAUGCUGCGGUACACAAGCCGAAGAAGCGCAUCGAACAACAUAUUGAUUCACCCUAUCAUGACGUCAGUGGCCUGCCGGAUCCCUACUUGGAGCAGAUGGAAGACGAGAAACCCCCUCAACACAUGUCUCUGAGCUACGAAGACAGCUUGGAGAGCGGCUAUUCCACGCCUAAUUCCAGGACAAGGAGGGUGAUCCGAGAAAUAAUCGUGUAAAACCGUCGUUCCACUUGUCAUCUGUAAUACCCAUAUCCCGGAAUUUAGCAAACAAAGUGAGCUGUUCGUUGACUUAUCUUUUUGAGAAUGUUAUCUUCUUGUGUACCUGACGACGUCCAACUUUAUGAAGUGUUGCUGUGCCCCUACAUGAAUAUGAAUGUAAUUUUUUCUGUGUUCUGAACUACUUGAAACUUGAUAUUCGCCGAGAUUCAAACGUUUCCUAUAUUCGGUGAAGCACUAUUGAUUGCGCAAAGGUUUUCUGCUUUGAAAAGGACAAUUAUUGGACUAUUAUGUUUAUGAGACUAGUCUAUUCUUGAUGCUCAAACUGGAUAUAUAUUCUAAAAUGAGAGACAAGUGAAUACCGAUUGUGUGUUGAUUUGUGAUUAUCCGUACGAAAUAAAAUACUGGAGACUGGAAGUAGUUCGGGCAAUAUUUGAACUUUUGCGUAACAUGGCACAAAACUUAUCUAUUCAAUAUUUGAUAAAGGUGCAAGGUGAUCCCUAUAUGCGUGACAAAUCACGAAUCGAUUUUUUUAAAUGGAACAUGAUGAUCACAAAACUAUAUUUACAGUGUGAUAUCUCCGAUUUUCACUUCAUUAUCUUCACGUUUUUGACCCCAGAAAAAUAUUUUUUUCUGAUUAAUUAGUGAUUACUCAAUCAGUUCGGAAAUUUACUGGAUACUAAUGCCAUAUACAUGUGUCAAAUAUAUCCUUAUUCAUGGUUAACUCGAUAUCUAUAGCGGUUAACACAAAAAAAUGUUUUUCUGGGGUCAAAAAUGUGGAGAUGAUGAAGUGAGAAUAGGAGAUAUCAUACUGUAAGUAUAUAUACUAUCGUGAUCACAAAAGAUCACAGAUUCCGAAAACUCAUGAGUAUGAUGGGUGUUUGAAAUAAUCAAUUUGUGGUUUUUCACGCUUUCAGGAAUCCUCCUUUGAAACUUCUGAUAAAGGCUAUGGAAAGGCCUGACUGAUUGCGGAACCAUGUACAGUGUUUACAUAAAGUGCUGAAUAAAUUCAUUUUUUGGAAAACUAUCCAAAACUUACAAAGCAGGUCGAAUUUUAUUUUAAAUUCGCCGCAUUCAUAAGUAAAAAUCAGAUAUAGAGGGUGAUCCAUGUUUGAGCUAUGAUGCCCGCUGCAUUAUUUUUCGAAUGAAACACCCUAUAUAUGAUUCAAUUUUUGUAAUCUCCAUGGAAAGCUGAAUCUUAAAAUGUAUCACACAUAACGUUUGUAUGAAGAACAUUCGUUAAAUCAAGUGCUAUCGUAAAGUUGUGGAUAGAUUCGUUGAAAAAUAUAGGAAUCAUUUCUUGAAAGAACUUUCUUUUGAAUUCAAUUGAUACAAACAGAAUGAUUCUACAAGAGCACUGAAUAUAACAUAGCCUAUGUGUGAUAUGAUUUGGAAACCAGCUUCACAUAGAGAUUUCAAAAAUUAUUAUAAUAUACCUAUGCUUUGAAAAACGUGAAUCGGACGCCAUGAUUCCCCUAUAAAGUGUCAAAUUAAAAAUAAAAAUUCCUCCUGCUUCAGAAAAUCUUCCCGAAAUGGAUAGUAUACAUGACAAUGAAUUGAGCCACUACUUUACGAGAGGAUUGAAUCUACUAAAGGCGCUGUAUACAAACCACAUGUGUAUUUUAUUUUUUAAUUCAGUUUUGCAUGGUGAUUCCGAAAAUUGACCAAUAUGUAGGGUUUUCUUGUGGUCGUCAUAACUCAAACGUUGAUCACCGUGUAUCUUUUAUUUUUCCUCAUUCAUGUGGCGAAUUGAAAACAAAAUUUGACCUGUUCCAGAAGAUUCCUCAGGGAUGGAUAAUUUGGUUCGAUUUGGUUGGUAAAUUAAUUUAUUCAGUAUUUCACUUAAGCACUGUAUGUGGAAACAUUUGACAAAAGAAGUAGAAAUUCAGUUUCGAGUAGUACAGUUAUCUUAGUUAUUUUCAUAUUCAUAUCCAGGAGGUACU